GGUAUCAACGCGGGACACGGAGGGGGAGGCGGAGGAGGGGAGCAGAGCCGCAGGGUGCAGCCUAUGCCCCGUGGGGCUCAACUCAUUCCUCGCUGCCGAGGAGGGGUCCCGGAGCGCGGAGUGUGGGCAGGCGGCGAUGCCUGGGGCUGCUCUCGGCCGUUCGCACCUCCCCCUCCUCCUUCUCCCCCCGGUGGGGUCCUGGCCGCCUCCAGCCCCGGUCCCAGCGGGAGGCACCGGGCCGUGCUGGGCUCUGCCGGUCCCGAGCCGGGAUGUGAGCGGCGCCCGCGCCCCGCGCUGCCCCCCCCCGGUCCUACAGCGAACGCGGAGCGCGAAGUCCGCAGCCGGAGGGGAUGUGAGUGCGGGACUGCCGCUCCCCGGGCGGGCGCUGAGCCGGGAACACGGAGCCCCGCGUGUCCCCCCCCGGGGACGGUGCCAAAGCAUCGGGACCGAGCCUGGGCCGGGGCCCAGGAUGCUUUGCCAGCAGCAAUUACGGGUAAUGUUCUCCCCUGGAUCCAAAGCGCGGAUUUUUGUCAGAACUUCGCCUUCUGUUCAGUGAGCGCCAACACAGCUGCGGUGGGGCCAACCCCCGGGGGCUGCUGCUGCCAACGCGGGGCGGGGGGGGGACCCCGGGGCUCGGUCUGUCCCUGCGCCCCCCGGUUUGCCUGCAGCGCCUCGCUGUGGGGCCGGGGCCGGGCUGGGGCUCACUAGAGGGCACCAAAGGAUUGGGGACGGGAUGGGAUGGAACAGGGCAGGAUAGGACGGGGUGGGAUGCGUUGAGGGUUGGACAGGACGGACGGGGCACUGAGGGCUUAUGGGGUCUGAGGGAAUCCUGGGCUGUAGGUGUCUAUGGGGUCAACCAGCACCCCGGGGGCAUGGGUUAAUGGGAUCUGGCAGGGUGGAUGGGGAUGGGGUCUGCAGAGUCUAUGGGAUCUGCCGGAAUGACCACCGUGUGUCACACCUGUAGGGUCUGUGGGGUCUCGUCAGACAUCCAGGGGUUGGCUGUGAGGUCUGUGGGGUCAGCCUGGCUGGUGUGAGGCCCCCGGCACCAUAUGCCCAGCAGGACCCCCUCCUGCCCCUCCAGCUCCCAGGGGUGGCUGCACCACACCGCUGUCCCCUCCCAAAGCUGUACCACUUAAGGUGUGGGGGAUGCACACACUCAGCAUCGGCGCUCCGGGUCCCAUUGCAGACCCACCGCGCGCCCCACAGCUCCGGGUCCCCCGAUCCCACAGCACCCACGGGUGUUGGCGCAGCGCAGUGCUGGCGCUCCAUGGGAUCUCACCCCGCAGCCCCGGAGCUGACAUCGGUCCUCCCAGGGCUCGGAUUUCUCUGUCCCUUCAAUAACAAAAGCAACGGCGGCGCGUUGGAAACGGCACAUGUUGUUCCCAUCCGCGGCGCAGGUGAGCCAACAGAUGUGAGCAAUUAUGGUCCAAUUCCGAAGCUCCCAGCCCUGCCAGCUCCCGGGCUCGGCAGCGGAUGAACAACCGCAGCAUUGUUCAGCUUUAUAUAACAGCCCAAUCGUUCAGCCCGGGGCCGCUGCCAGGGCCGUGCCUCGCACGAAAGGCGACCGCGACCCCGCGCCGCGCGUGCCCGAGCCCUGCGCUGCCUUUGCUCAUCCUGCCCCGAUCCCCCUCCAACCGUGGGCGCCCCCUGCCCCGAAACGGCGGCGAUGUCCCCUCUGCGGUGCCCCGUCGGCUGGGGACGGAGUGGGGUUGGCGGGGGUCUCACGGCUGCCCGCUGCCCCGCAGCAAAGCGGAGGCGGAGGCCAUCGAGAAGGAGCUGCUGGAGGACUACCGCUUCGGGCGGCAGCAGCUGAUCGAGAUGUGGGGACACGCCUGUGCCGUGGCCGUCACCAAGGCCUUCCCACUGCCAUCCCUCCCACGGAAACAGCCCACAGUGCUGGUGGUGUGCGGCCCUGCGCAGAACGGGGCCAUUGGGCUGGUGUGUGCACGGCACCUGCGUGUCUUUGACUAUGAGCCCACCAUCUUCUACCCCAAACGCUCCCUGGACCCCCUGUACCGGGACUUCACCACUCAGUGUGAGAAGAUGGACAUCCCCUUCCUGUCGUACCUCCCCACCGAGGUGCAGCUGAUCAAUGAUGCCUACAAUGCGGUGGUGGAUGCAGUGCUGGGGGCUGAGGCGGAGCUGGGUGAGGGCAGGGGGCCGUGUGCCGGCAUCCUUGCCACCCUAAAACACGUCCGCAUCCCCAUCGUCAGCCUGGACGUGCCCUCAGGGUGGGAUGUGGAGGCGGGCAGCAGUGGUGGGAUCAGCCCCGACGUGUUGGUGUCGCUGAUGGCCCCCAAGCAGUGCGCCCGCCGCUUCCUGGGCCGCCAGCACUUUGUGGCCGGCCGCUUCGUGCCCUACGACGUGCAGAAGAAGUUUGAGCUCAACCCACCCGACUACCCGGGCACUGAGUGUGUGGUGGCCCUGCGUGCCCCGCAAUAAAGUGCUGGGACUGCUGGUUUGGUGUCUGCGUGGGGUGGGCUCCGUUGGCCCCGUUGGUAUCCGUGGGGCGUUGUCCCCGUGGAGUGGUGCCGCUUCGGGUGCAGCCCCCUGGUAUGGGGCUAACAACCCCAGGCUUUGAUGAAGGGUGAGGAUUAAUGGUGAGCUCUCUGUGCCAGCUGAUGGGGAGAGGGCGUCCGCAGCCCCAGAAUGAUGUGGGGAUUGGGUGGUCCCAGAAGUCCCGCUUCCAGGAGCCUGAAUGUGGGGACCUGGAGAUGGGGCCGCAGUUUGGGGUGAUGCCUCCACUCCCCCUUUUGCUGGGGGCUCCCCUCCUGCCCCGGGGGGUGCUGGGGGCCGUGGGCGCAGUGAGUUGCUCGCGGUCUCAGCUGACAGCGGCACACGUGGCCCAGGUCACAGCAUGGGCACCCACCAGCCGUGCCCAUCCACAGCAGUGCCAGGCAGCGCUGGCACCCCGACCCUGACCGCAUGAGCUCAGAGGAAGGGCCUUUUUCAUCUUUUUUCCCCUUCCCUCCCAGCUGCAUUCCCGAGUGCAUCCAAUUUUAGCAGCUUUGCAAAACAAGCCCUCAAGUUUCCCGGGUUGGAGCGGCGCGUGGCAGCGCGCGGUCGGCUCACGGGGAGG